AUGAGGCUCCUCUCUGCUGGACUGAGGAACCCCAACUGUGCCUUACAGACUCUUAGGCUUUCUGGUUGUCUAGUCACAGAGAAAGGCUGUACGUUUCUUGCCUCUGCUCUGGAGUCAAAUCCCUCCCACCUGAAAGAACUGGACCUGAGCUUCAAUCACCCAGGAGACUCCGGAGUGAAGCUGCUCUCUGCUAGACUGGAGGAUCCACACUGUAGACUGGAGAAACUCAGUUUGGACCAUGGUGGAGAGUCCAGAAUCAAACCAGGCCUGAGGAAAUAUGCCUGCCAGCUCAAGCUGAACGGUAUGUCAGCAGAUAGUGACCUGACUCUGUCCGAGGACAACACGAGGGUGGUGAGGAGAACACAGGUUAACCGAUAUCCUCAUUUGGAUUUCUCGGAUUCAGAUGACUCAGAUCGGACAGAAGAGUUGGAUAAGUGGGCCAAAGUACGCUGCAGGGAGCCCCUGUCUGAUGGCCGUUUCUACUGGCAGGUUGAAUGGACUGGCUGGGUUGACAUUGGGGUGACAUAUACAUCCAGAUCGGUUACUGAGAAGAAGAGGUCUUGGGGGCUUUUCUGCUGCAAUGAACAGUACACAUUUAUUCAUAAUAUCAGGUUCUCAGUUGUGCCAGUACCCAGGCCGGACCCAAAGUGUAUAGGAGUGUAUCUGGACUUUCCGGCUGGCGCUCUGUCCUUUUACAGCGUCUCCUCUGGUACACUGACCCACCUGUACACAUUCCACACCACGUUCACUUAGCCCCUUUACCCUCAGUUCAAAAUCAUGUGUGAUGAGAGGGAGAUAUUUGGCUCAGUUAAAAUCCAAACUCUGUGAAUGAAAGCAGCCAUCACCAGAGUAACUGACAGACACAUUUUUUAUUAAUUUUUAUUUCUGUAAUUAGAUUUAGUCUGUGUUUUUUGGGGGGAGAUUUUAAUUGAACUUUAUUGAUACCCAGGUGGGAAAUCGAAAUGGUAUAGUCACACAUUACAUACAUUGAUGAUGUAAAUAAUGAUUAAUGUCAAUAAAGUUUUGUAUGGAACUGAGA